CUUUCAUGAUACUUUGAGAGCGAGUUCUUUGUGAAAUCGACUAUGGAGUUCACAUCUCAUCCAUAUUCCAUGUUGGAUCCUUGAUUUCUCCGUCAAUGGAAAAUACCGAGUCAAAAAGCUUCUCGAAGAAAAACGAUGACUUUGAUAACUUAGAUACUAGUAUUCUUAAUAGUGAUUCAGAUGAUUUUGACACAUUACCAGAAAUCCCAUUGUCAAAGGGAGAGACUAACAGUCGUUCUCGAAACCUGUACUUAAAGAAUGAUACUUCGGACUUCUCUUCAUAUAAAUGGAGCAUAGAUCGUCUUUCGAGUACUGCUACUCUGGAUGAUAUGAACCGAAAGCGACGAAAGUUCGCAGUCGAAAGACUUCUUUACUAUGACAAGGGACAGCUUGAAAACCAGGAAGAAAUUGGCAUAAGUAAUCUAGUCAAUGAGAAUCUCGGAUCGGAAGUCUUAAAUUUGUUACGAACGAAUUCUGUCAGAUCCGGCACCUUACAAUACCAUUACUAUAAUCCGUCUUUGGCUGAACCAGAAGCUUAUAUAAAUUUACCAAAACUUUCCAUAUCAGAGGAAUUGAAACAUCAGUUACUUAAUUGUCCUGUUUAUAUUUUUGAGGUUGUUGCAUGUUCCAAUUUAAUACCUCCUUCAAUCAUAUCCUGUGUCCUGGUUUAUCGCUUUUUCAAUUCGUUCUAUUCCCCUCCAAGAUCUACAUGGCUGGAAUGCUUAAAAACAUAUCUACAUUCGAACAUUCAAUCCAAGCGCGAUUCUGGAUUGGAUGUAAAUUUCUUCUAUAGGCAAGUUUGCCAAAAGGUAGGUUUUAAUACCCAAAAGCGUUACCAAUCCGUCCGUUCAGAAACUAUUAGUCCAAAAGAAGUAUGCUCUAUAGUCCUGAAUGAUUCAUCUGACGUUAAUUUUUUCGUUCAAUGUUGUCAACUUAUGUAUCCCAUUUGUCCUCAGAAACUUCAAUCUAUUAUAGUACAAGAUGUUUUUCGCUGCUUGUUAGAUAUCAAAGUCGGACAUAGCUGCCGAUUGUCUUUUAUGAAAUUCAUGGAGUUGACUAUUACAUCGGAAAAGCCACAUUUUUUUUACGACUUGGUUCGUCUUUCUGAUCAGCCUCCUGUAUGGGUAAGCAUUUUAUCAUCCUUACCUUCCAAUUCCCCUAGAGUUGUUCAUUUUCGCACAAAUUUAGCUAUUCAUUGGUUUCUGGGGACCCUACCUGAACCCGCAUUCAUACUUUCUUCUAUCUGUGAGCAACUUGAUACAUUACUGGAUCGAUGCAGGAAUGAGGAUUACACUGAUCUAUUAUUCUUAACUAUGACCUUUAGCUAUACAGUAGCUGGACUCGAUUUAAAAAGGAGUGAAAACUUGUCUUUGAUCUUGGAAAAAUUGCGAAAACUUAAUCUAGCCAUUCCCGGUACGACCGAGCAUCUAUUGUUAUCGAGAUGUGAGGUAAAGGAUUAUAUUCAUCGUCUAUAUAUGGUAAUAUAUUAUGAAAAUUCAGAUGUUUAUUCGGAAUUAGAACGGACGAUUGAAAAAGAUCAGGGUUCAGUAAGAAAACAAAACGAACCGCCCAAAGGAAAUACUGCAAGGAAUACACCCAAAAAAUCCUCAACGAAUAGAAAAGGAGGUAAAAAGAAACGGAGAAGGAAUAAAAGUCAGGGUUAAAGUUUCUAAAACCGAUUUUAUUAGUAUCACGUAGCAGACAUAUCAAUGAACGAAGU